UGAAAAAUUAUAAGAAUAUCUUGAAAUUAGUUCGUGAUUUGAUAUGUUGUGUGUUCCACAUUCCCUUCGUUACUAAACUCUUAUGUUUAAUAGUGUUGGUAAAGCCAAGCCGAAAGAAUUGGAAAAAACCUAAAAUACCCAGGAGGAUAAAAGUUCAUAAAGUCAAGCAAUGGGAGUUGAUAUCGUUCCGAUUUCACCUGGAGAUGGAAACACUUUUCCUAAACAAGGGCAAACUGCGGUUGUUCAUUAUACCGGAACUCUUGAUAAUGGAGAGGUUUUCGAUUCAUCGCGCACCCGUGGAAAGCCUUUCAAGUUCAAGAUUGGAAAAGGUGAAGUAAUCCGUGGAUGGGAUGAGGGAGUCGCUCAGUUAUCAGUUGGGCAACGUGCCAAGCUUGUGUGCUCUCCUGAUUACGCCUAUGGCUCUAGAGGACAUCCUGGAAUUAUCCCACCCAAUGCCACACUUACAUUUGAUGUGGAGCUUUUAAGAGUUGAAUAAAAAGCAAUAUUCAAUUCACUUUGAAAUUAAAAAAUACCUACUUUAAAGAAAUGCAUUUUGUUCUACAUGUUUUUUUUCCUUGAUCUUUACAUCUGAAAAUGAAAACACUGUCAAACCUCAUUGUGAAUACAAAAGGAAAUUCAAAAUAUAAUCCAUACAUCCGAAAAACAA